CUGUUUGCAUGACCAUCAAGAUUGCUUUUUUAUUAUAUAUUUUAAGCAAAAAGAAAACAUAAAAAGCAACAAAUAAUCCAGAAAACCUGUUUCUUUAUAUCAUCUUGUCUAAUCUGAGUAAUUUGGAAUAGCUUUUGGCACUUGUUUGAACUAGAAGAAAGGAAUGUUGAGCAACCAUGUGGAGUGGAUAAAGAAAAAAGAAGACAAAUGUUUAUUACAAUAUGCAAAAGAUCAUAAUUAAACCUAUUGGUCAUAGUACUAGAGACUAAAUCCUUCAUACGAAGCAAUGAAUAUUAGUACCCUUUUUUUGUGUCAAAAGAAAAAGUGACAAAAAUAAAGAAAGUCAUGUUGUGGACAUAAGAUUUGUGCUUAAAUUCAGACAAGAAGCAUAACAUAUCCAAGAACCUGCUUAGUGUUUACCAUUUGCUCUGCUCAAUCUGUGCUUUACUACUAAAAAUGCUUAUUUCAACAUUUCUCUUCUGCACAGCACUUUCUAUUCUACUAUGUCUCGCCACGACAGAUGGCAUUGGACAUCAGCUGAUCCUCGUAAACAACUGUAAGGAGAGCAUAUGGCCCGGAAUACUAGGCAGCUCCGGUCAACAAACACCGAAAGACGGUGGCUUCCUCCUAAGCAGCGGCCAAGAAUUAGUGAUGGACGUGCCCGAGAAAUGGUCGGGCAGAAUAUGGGGCAGGCAAGGCUGCAGCUUCGACGCAACCGGAAAAGGCUCGUGCUCCACCGGAGACUGCUCCGGCCAACUCAACUGCCGCGGAUUUGGCGGCACACCGCCAGCAACGGUGGUGGAAAUGACGUUAGGCUCCUCGGCCUCGCCGCUCCACUUCUACGACGUGAGCUUAGUGGAUGGGUUCAACUUGCCCGUUUCGAUGAAGCCUAUCGGUGGAGGGAUUGGGUGCGGCGUGGCUUCUUGUGAGGCUGAUUUGAACAUGUGCUGCCCUUCGGCGUUGGAGGUUAGGGUUAAUGGCAGAGUUGUGGGGUGCAAGAGUGCUUGUUUGGCUAUGCAGUCGGCUAAGUAUUGCUGCACGGGGGAGUAUGCGAAUCCGAAAACAUGCAAGCCUACGAUUUUCGCUAAUUUGUUUAAGGCGAUUUGUCCGAAAGCUUAUAGCUAUGCUUUCGAUGAUUCUUCGAGCCUAAAUAAAUGCAGAGCUUCAAGAUAUUUAAUCACUUUCUGCCCUCCUAAAUGAAGAUUUUAACCAUGGUUUGAUCAUAGUAUAUCACCAUUAGUGUUUGUAUUAAAAUUGCAGAAUCAAAUUCUUAUUGACUUAUUGUAAUGAAAUAUCUGCAGUGUUCAUUAGUU